UAUAGCAUUGGCUUGUUGAGCUGCUUGCAUUCCCCAUCAAUCUGUUACACGCAAUAAAACAACGCCUGUUCUGCUUUCACAAGAGAACAGAGCUGACUUUGUUUCUAAUCAAAGCUGGAAAAGACCGAUAAUAAAAGUGUUGUGCUUGGCAAUACUUGGGAACAUCAAAAUGUGUAUUAACAUACGCAAACUUGCAGGGAGAAGCCAAUCAAAGGGAAAUCAGUCCUUGCCUGGAUAUUCACAUGCUUGAAAAAAGGAACCAACAAACGAGCAGAAACCUCAUUAGCAGAAAUGCAUGAACUUCAGGGUGGAAGAAGAGGGAGGACUACAACAAACACAAAUAGUGAUCCCCAGCUCAAGGGUAUAGUGACCAGGUUAUAUUGCAGGCAAGGCUACUACUUGCAAAUGCACCCCGAUGGAAGUCUCGAUGGAACCAAGGAUGACAGCAGUAAUUCUACGUUAUUCAACCUUAUACCAGUGGGACUUCGAGUUGUAGCUAUCCAGGGUGUAAAGACUGGGUUGUAUAUAGCCCUAAAUAAUGAAGGUUUCCUCUACACAUCAGCAUUCUCAUGGAUGCAGCAAGGCCUCUCUAUUCUUCACAAAGAAGAGCUGUUCUUGAAGGGAGAGAUACAGUACGAAAAAGACAGGGAUCUCUUGGAAAGAGUCCAGCGGAGGGCCACGAAGAUGGUGAAGGGCCUGGAGCAUCUCUCCUAUGCGGAAAGGCUGAGUGAACUGGGUCUGUUCAGCCUUGAGAAAAGAAGACUGAGAGGGGACCUGAUCCAGGUCUAUAAGUAUCUAAGGUGUGGGGGGCAGAAUGGUGAGGCCGGACUCUUUUCAGUGGUGAGUGGAGACAGGACAAGGGGAAACGGCCGGAAACUGCAGCAUAGGAAGUUCCGCACAAACAUGCGCAAGAACUUCUUUACAGUGAGGUGACGGAGCACUGGAACAGGCUGCCCAGGGAGGUGGUGGAGUCUCCUCUGGAGAUGUUCAAGACCUGCCUGGAUGCCUACCUGUGCGACCUGCUGUAGGGAACCUGCUUUGGCAGGGGGGUUGGACUCAAUGAUCUCUGGAGGUCCCUUCCAACCCCAACAAUUCUGUGAUUCUGUGAUUCUGUGAUAUUCAAUCCUAAUGUUCAUUCUGUGACCCAGUCAGGACCAGUGUCCUUCACCCACUUACCCACUCCAUUGGAAAAACAAAAUAGAAUCAUACAAUAUCCUGAGUUGGAAAAAACCCACAGGGAUCACGGAGUCCAAUUCCUGGCCCCACACAGGACCAACAAAAACUAAACUAAACCCUGUGUCUGAGAGUACUGCUCAAAGGCACCAUGAACUCCAGCACUUGGGUCCAUGCCCAUUUCCCUCGGUCACCCAUUCCAUGCCCUCUGUCCUCUGGUGCAGAACCUUUCCCUAACACCAUCUUAACCAUUAUCUGAUGCAGGACCUUGUCUUUUCCUUGUGUCCUAUCACUGUCACCCCAGCUAAGAAAUACGUGAUGUUUAGGCCUCUGUUACAUCUCAUCUAUUUAUCUAGGAGGCUUACCUUACAGCUUACUACUGUUAGGCUCUAUAGCAACUUCCCAGCAGAUCCCAAAAUGUAAGCCUGCAUGUAUGCCAUCCAGAGGCCACCAAGAGAAAAAGCCACAUCCUUCCUGUCAUUGCAACCAGCUGCAGCCUCCAGUGUUUCCUGCUCCAGGCUCCACACCCCUGGCAGGAGCAAGACUGGUGACAGAGAAAUGAUCUUGUGGCAGACCCAUAGUGUGGCCUGCUUUUGAUAACCCUCAAGGUCUUACCUGACUAAACAGCCAUCAAAAUCCUUGCUUUGAAGCUUCUUAAAAAGCCCACCCUAAAGGCUGACAAGUGCUAAUGAGGCCAUGCUCACUCUGAAUACAGGCAAUAACUUUUAAGUGAUCUCUGACACGUAGUGUAACACUCAGAGAGCCAUGCCAGACAUAUACUGGUUGAUAUUUGGUGAUGUUUCUGGCCAGGUGCACCUGUGUAGUUACUCCCUUAAUUUCAAUCUAAAAAUUAGAUUUAACUAAAGAGAACAAUCCACCUUCUUUUUAAAAAGCAGAUAUGCUUUUAUUAGCUAUGCUGAGCUAAUUAAAAUGUUAAUUUUUAACCCCCAUUGAGAACCUAAAGUAUUUUUAUAUUAGUUUUCCAAUCAGUGUAGUAAUUCAAAAAUUUUCUCUCUGCCUUGUAUUCCAGUGUAAAUUAGGUAGGAGUCAGGCUUGCAUUUAGCAGAUACACGUGCUGAGACACCAAACAGCUCUCUGGGGAAAGGCAUGCCAACUGCAGGUGGUGCACAAGUUGUGAGCCUCAGGCGAGAGACAGACACUGUGUGAGUAGAGAAGGCAUCAUUUUUUAAAAAUUAUUAUUGAUAAGAACAAAUAAUAAGAACAAAAAAUAAGAAAUAACUGCAGUAGCAUUGUAAAGGCAGAGAUAAGCUAGGAAAAUACAAAAAAAAAGAAAGCUUUUUUUCCCCUUUUCUUUGUAAGCAUGAAUCCAUUUAUUUAAUUUUAGUUUCUAAAAUAGCUUUGUUAAAAUGAAUUGAUCAGCUAAGGCCAGAGCAGGAUGGCGCUGCUUUAGAACAAAUUCUCUUCUUACUAGAGAGCUUUGAAGAAGUGUUUUGGAUGUAUGGAGCUGAAUAUUGGCUUCAACAUGCUGGAAACAAUGAUGUCAAAGCUGGAAUAAGCAAAGUUAGUGCCAGAUGAGUCCCAUGAAUACUCAGAUAGGAACAGAAAGUCUGCAAGUUUGUGAGGAUUUACUGAAUCAAAAUAAGGCUGAAGACGACAGUUUCCUGGAUCGCGUCCUUACCAGUGACAAGACACAAUGUCACCAGUACAAGCCAGAGUCAAAACAGAAGUUCAUGGAGUGGCAACAUGUGAAUACUUCAUAAAAGAAAAAGUUCAAGAUGCAGCCCUCAGCACGUGAAGUCAUGUGCGUUGUCUUUUGGGAUACGAAAGGGGUGAUCCUUCAGCGUAUCCUGGAACCAGGACAAACCAUCAGUUCUGACGGCUGCAUAGUGACACUGACUAAGCUGAAGGCUUGAACUUCCAGAUUCACACCAGAGAAGCCCAUCUCCUGCAGCACCAGGUCUGAAAACGUUGGAGUACACUGCCAGUCUUGAAUGGACCAUCCUACCACACCCACUAUAUAGUCCAAUUUGGUGCCUUUUGAUGUCCAUUUGUUUGCACCAAUGAAAGAUGGAUUGCAUGGGCAAUAUUUUUCUAGCAACAAUACAAUCAUAGCGACUAUGAAACAGUGGAUCAUCUCAAAUAGUGCAGAUUUUUAAAACUGUGGCAGGCUUUUGUUCAACAUUGGCAUAAAAAAAAAACAUAGAUAAUGGUGGUGGUGAUGAUGUUGAAAAAUAGUAUUUUGUAGCUCAGAAUUUGUUCUAUCAAAUACCGUUAUUGUGCUCUUUGAUAUAGUUUCAAUGAAAAUAAAUAGUAGGCAUUACUUUCAGAAUGACCUAUGUAAAUGAGCCACUGGAAUAUCUGUAUUGCUUUUUUUCUGAAUUUCCAUAAUCUCAUCAAACUUUGUCCCAAGACUAUUUCAUUUAUUUGUACUGGCGCUCCCAGAUUAUUUCCUGACCUUUUUUUUUUUAAUCUAUUUAUCUGUAUGCUCUCCUGCUUGCAAAUUUUGUCCUCCAUACUCAUUUCAUAGGCUCUCUUUUUCUAAAGCACACACUCUGUUAAAACAUCAGCAGAAAAUCCUUUCCCUGCCAUGCUUCAUAGAUUUGAAUGUUAGUUUUGAGCCACGAUAGAUUUGUAUUUUUUCAGUGUAUCCAUUUAUAUGGGAGUUAGAUAGUGAAAUAUCCAAGUCUGUGUUCAGCGUUGCUCACUAUGUGUGGACAAAACAGUGCUGAAAUCACAGUGGGAACCUGUGGUCAAAUUGGACCCUGUGCACUUCUGGGGCUUUCUGAGAAGAAGCACCAUACAUAAAAUCUUAACUGGCUUGAAAAACAGGACAGAAUUUGUGAGCUUGGGGAAGAUUGUUAAUGAGCAGAUUUCCAUUGCGUAUUUUGGGUAAUUAAAUGCUUGACCUGAUUUUCAGAAGGGGUGAGCACGCUGAGAGUAGAACUGUAUGCUGCACAGCUGUAUGUGUGGCCUCAAGGUGUCCCUGCUAAACAGGAACUCCAACAUCGGAGUCUGUCUCCAAAAAUGUUGGCUUUAAACUCAGUUUCCCUGGUAUUGUGAGAUACAAAAUGUAUGCAAGUACUCAAAGGGUUUUUUUCAACUUCCUUAUUGGAGGUGGUGAGUGUAUCAACUAGUACAGACCUCUGAAGAUACAUAUAAACAUGAUAAAAAAUGUUAAAAAAAAAAAAAAAAAAAAAAAAACACAACGGAAACUUUUUGUUUGCCUUUUUCUGUGAAAUACCAGAUUUGUUUUUGGUGUAAAUCAUGCAUAGUGUAAACAGUGUGUUCUUCUGAUUGCAGGGAUUGAGAAUUUCAGCAGAAACUAUGCAGGUGAUUCACAGUGGCUGUUUUCUCAUUACUGAUCUUGUGUAAGGAGACAAGAGAAACAAAGAUUAUUCUUCAAAAGUUGUUACAGGCAUAGACGGAUAUAUCCAAAGCUUCCAAUUUUGUAUUUGCUGGUGGCGCUGUGCUAAUGGCUCCAUCUUUUCCAUGGUAGGGUUUGAUUUGCAGGCUGGAUGUUUUUGAGAAGCAGCAGAGCCACCACACCUGCAAAACCAGCAGAGCAUCCCAACAGUGUAACUCUUGAUCAAGGGUCAAGGAGUGGAGGAGGACUUUUCUUUCUCUGUGGGGCCCCCAGUACAGGAAAGAUGUAGAGCUGUUAUAGAGGGUCCAAGGGGGGGCCACAAAGAUGAUUAGAGGUAUGGAGCACCUCCCCUACAAAGACAGGCUGAGGGGCAGGGCUUGUUCAGCCUAGAGAAGAGAUGGCUGUGAGGAGCCCUCAUUGCAGCCUUCCAGUAUUUAAAAGGGGAUCAUAAAAAGGAGGGGAAUCAACUUUUUACUCUGGUAGACAGUUAUAGGACAAGGGGAAGUGGUUUUAAGCUCAAGGAGGGAAGAUUUAGAUUAGACGUCAGGGGAAAGUUCUUCACAAAAGGAGUGGUGAGGUACUGGAACAGGCUGUCCAGAGGGGUUGUGGAUGCUCUGUUCCUGCAGGUGUUCAAGACCUUGUUUGAUGGGGACCUGGGCAACCUGGUCUAGUGCCAGAUCUGGAGGUUGGUGCCUGCCCGUAUCAGAGGGUUGGAACUUGGUGAUUCUUAGGGUUCCUUCAAAUCCAAAGCCAUUCUACGAUUCUGUGAUUCUAUAACUCUGUGACUAGGAACUUCUCAAGCUCUUAUCCACAUCCAAACUGCCUCCUCUGCCCUUGAGAUUUAUCAAGUGUACUGAGCCUGCAAGACAAUGCAUCAGGAAGGAUGAUCAGGUCAUAAAUGCCAAAGAGGAGCUACAUUGCUGCCUCAGUUUUUCAGUUCCCACUCUCAGUGAGUAAACUUUAUCUCUUUACUGUCAUUUUCUCACACCUGUAUACUCAACCCAAUGUAGAAAUCAGAUAUUUGAGCAGAGUAAUAGGUAACAGUCCCUAAGCUCAGUGCUCUUCUUCAGUAGCUAUCAAAUAUAUUCCCAAAGGAGUUGAAGUGGCUUGGACAAAGUCCUUAGGAAGUGCCACUAAGGUCAGGUUGAAAGUCAAAGAAGAAAAAAGAAAACAAGACAGCAUGACACAGAAAAUAGUUAGGAAAUUCUUCCAAAAAUCACAUUUUUUUAUGCCUUUUAAAAUCUGCCUAUGUUCUGUCCUUGGACUUGCACUUGGAGAUUCUGGAUGCAUCAAACAUGCUGCUCAUUCAGUCUCUGUUUCACUGUGGAAACAGCCCCUUCUUUGGCCUCCCCCUUGUUAUGAGGGACAUGCAUGUGCUUCAGAGGCCACAGGCAGAGAUGUGGAAGGGCAGCCGUACUUCUGGAACCACUGUGCAGCAGCACAGAUGAGAUCAGCUGUGACACUCAUUAAGUCUCACCAGCUUCCAGUCCUGGUGGAAAAAUCCCAUCUGUUGUCUCUUCCGCAGACCGGAGUGGAGCUCAUGUAUUUAGAACUCUGAGCUAAAGGCUACUGCAGUAUUCAAUGUGUUAUGGCUACAAACAGAAUAAUUUUUUUUUUUUUUUUUAAUGUAUAAGGUAUACAAUGUAUUUUUUCAUUCCCAGUAUCUUGUACGUUUUAUUUAGUGGGGGAAAAAUAGUACUGAAUGACAUCUUGUGUCAUAUUUUCUUCAAAUGAAAAAUCUAUUUCAACUUGAUCUAAAAGAAAUUUUUGAAAUAGGUAAAAUGAUUCCACUUUUCUCUGGUCCUUUUUUUUUGUUUGUUUUUGUUUUUUUUCCCAAUAUAGUGGAAUAUUCUUUAGACUUACAGAUGUGAGGUUUCUCCUUCACCCACGUUCCCUAAAGAGAUACAAAUUCUUUUGUGUAAACUAUUCAGCUGUUCCAAUGUCUCUUUUUUUGGGUUGUUUGUUUUAAAUUUUAUUUUUCUGAAGGUAUUUUUGAAAAUCAUGAUUUGCAAGAAAUUAUGAGCAGCAAGGAAGAAUUGCCUGUUAUGCAUUAAGGAAGAAUUGCCUGUUGACUGUUCAAAAGUGGCAGUAUUUGGAAUGUGGGGGAGAAGCAGACAUAAAAAAAAAACAAAAACAAACAAACAAAAAAACAUCUAUCUCUACUAUUUCUCCAUUUUACAAGAUGGAGGACAAAAUUUAGUUGUGAUGAGUACUGAAAAAUAGAAUCAUCUACACAGGCUUUGCUGAGAAUGCUUAGAUCUGUCCAGACUGUCUGUAAAGGGUGGACGCUAAAAGAAAAUUGUACAAAUUGCACAGAAAUGUAUUUCUAUGCAAUGGUGUUUUAUCUGCAUGGUUGCUUAAUUUUAAUAAAUUGGAAUUUCUGAAGUAAUGUAAUUGAUUUUAAUUGGCCUUUGUAGAAAUAGUGUUGCCAUUCAUUACAUAAAUUCCUCAUACAUCUACCUCUCAUGAAUUUUUGAUAUCUCUUUGCCAUAGACCCUGGUGCACUGUUCUGCUCAGCCUAAUGCUACACAGAUAUAGCACAAAGUAAUUUAUUUCAUAAAAUUAAUAUUGUUUAAGCAUUGUUGAAGCAUCAAAACCACAAAGUCUUCUAGUUGGCUUAUUCUAUGCCUAGGAUGGUGUCAUGUAGGAACAAAAGAUCAUUCAGAUUCAGCACCCAUUUGGUUUUCUGUGUUUAUACUGAAACUGUAGAAUCAGUUAGUGCCAAAAUAUAAAUAUUAAAUUUGGCAGGAAUAACAUACUGCUGGAAUCUGAAUUAGUUUCAUGUAAAAUAAAUAAAUAAAAAAAUUAAAUCUCCAAUUCUAAAAAGCCACAAAACCUUAGAUCUUAGAAUUGUCAAGAUAUAGUAUAGGAGGCAAAGCAUUUAGAGCUUAGAAGGGGAGACAAAGCAGUACAGAAAUAAUAUUAAUGUGAAACUAUUCCAUGGAGCUGUCAGUGAGCGUAUGAAAGCAUAGAAGUUUUACAAACUAAUAAACUAAUUCUCUUUGGAGAGAGAGACCCUUCUUGAUUACAGGCCACAGAAUCAUAUAGUUUUUAUCUUUUCAGUAAACUUAAUUUAGUGAAGGAAGCUUAGGAAGGCUUGUGCCUUAUUAUGGAAAAACAGC